UUUUAGUAAAAUGACGUCUAUCUUCAACACCUCGGAAAAUAGUUGUUAGGUUAAUCAAGUAUUAGUUAUCUCCAACGGGUCUGAUCAACCAGAGUCUCUGGGGGUCUGGAUGAACCUCUGAUGGACAUUCACCUGCUCCCUUUUUUCUGAAUAUUUUUCCUCCGAAUCAUCUCCCGCUAGCAUGCUAAGCUAUUGAGUUAGCUUAGCAUGCUAGCUGGAAACAGACCGAAGUUAGCAACACAGCGCUAAUCCGAGUUUAACGGAGUUUAUCUGGAGGAAACGUGUCUGUGAUUCAGUGAAGAUGUCUAAAGCCCAAAUGUUUAGAUAUUUAGUGAAGCAGCGACUCACUGAGGACGCUGAGGAGAUAUUUGGACUGUUUGAAAGAACGAUAGCAGAGUACGAGGAGGAAGCUUCUAGAUUAAAAGAGGACAACGAGCGACUGAAGAAACAUCUGCACGCUGUUUUUAACCCUGAAGUCCGCAUCCAAAAAGCAGACCCGCAACAGCUGUGUGUGCCUAGAGAAGAGCAGCAGGAGGACCUAGAGCCCCCCCAGAUUAAAGAGGAACGGAAAGAUACAGAGCCCCGCCACAUUAAGGAGGAGAAAGCUGACAUGGAGAUCUCAUUCACUCCUGUCAAAAGUGAAGAAGAUGAAGAGCAACGUCAGUCUUCUCAGCUUCAUCAGAGACAAACUGACCAGAUGGAGACAAACAGUGAUGAAGAGGACUGGGGCAGACCGGAAACGGAGAAGAACUUGAGUCCAAAUGGAUCUUCAUUACCAGGAACUGUUGAGAAGAAUGGAGGUUCUUCUGAGACUGAGGACAGUGAUGAUUGGGAUGAGACCACAGAACCUCAAUCAGGUUUAAACUCUAAUAAUAAAGCUUUUGUCAGCGGUUCAAGAUGUAGUGAGAAACCUUUGAUCUUUCCUGAAUGUAACAAAACAUUUGGUAGCUUUAAAUAUCUGAAAAGACACAUCAUCACCCACACAUCAGAGAAACCUUUCAGUUGCUCAGAGUGUGGAAAAUGUUUUACUACAAAAGGUAUCUUAAAGACACACAUGAGACGUCACACAGGGGAAAAACCUUUCAGUUGCUCAGAGUGUGGUAAAUGUUUCACUCAAAAUGCACAUCUAAAGACUCACAUGAGAUGGCACAGCGGGGAGAAACCUUUCCGCUGCUCGGAGUGCGGUAAAUGUUUUACUACAAAUGGUAGCUUAAAGACACACAUGAUAUGGCACACAGGUGAGAAACCUUUCAGCUGCUCAGAUUGUGGUAAAUGUUUCACUCAAAGUGCACAUCUAAAGACACACAUGAGAUGUCACACAGGCGAGAAACCUUUCAGCUGCUUAGCGUGCGGUAAACGUUUCACCGAAAAACGCAAUCUAAAUGCACACAUGAGAUGUCACUGUGAGGAGAAAGCUUUCAGCUGCUAACAAACUAAAUACACACGUUUUUCUGUAAGUGUAAAUUUGAAAACACACAUGAGACUUCACACAAGUGAGAACUUUUAGCUGGACAGAGUGUGGUAAAUGUUAUACUCGAGGCGAAAAGCUAAAAAGCCACAUGACAACUCACACAUGGGAAUCCCUUUUAGCCUUUUGGACACGCAAGUUUUAAAUCCCUCUUGUAUAUUAAAGAUAUACACAGCUACUUUAAUGUUACAAACAAAAAUGUCAUUUUUCUCCGAGGGAUUCACUGUCUCGUUGACGCAACCCUCUUGUUAUUCUCUUUUUCUUGUGCCGAUGGAAGGGUUCUGGGUCAGAUUGUCCCAAGUGUACCAACAGCUAGCAUUAGCAUGAAGACGUGGUUGUCUUGACCAGUACUGUUUCAUGUAUUAGGGGUAAAGAUAACAACUUAUGUUUUUGAAUAUAUCUAUACUGCCACCUGGUGGUAUAAGUGCUGUUUUGGUGCUUGAAAUUGGUUAACUUACGUUUUGUCUUCCCAAAAGUAAUGGAAAUACUAAUAAAUAAUAGAUAAAUGUGUAAUAAAUGUAUAAAUGACAAAUUACCAUUACAACAAUUUAUUUCUUUAUAAUAAUUCAUUCAAACAGUAUGUUCAAAUGUAGUAUAUAUAAAAACAGAAACAACUGACUAUGGAUUUAGUUUACAGUUUAGUUUACACCUGUCCCACCUGUACUGCUCUCCUUGAGUUAGCCAAACUCCAUUUGAAAGAAUGAGUCAGGAAUCAGCGUCCAAGCUCCAAAUGCUUUAUUUUGCAGCACUGACAUAAGCGAUUCAAGUUGGAGUAAAACUAAAACAGACAGAAAACCCCAGUGAGCGAGAUGUUACACACGAAUAUUGAAUUGUAUGGAGCUCCUACGCUUCUGUAGCAGACGUAUGUAUGGUGAAACAACAACAUGCAACACAUACAAAAUCAACCUUACCAAUGGACAAAAUAAUACUAUUAUAUCACUAUAUGGUCUAUGUCAAACAAAUACUCACAGACUAUUCUUUCGAAGGCUUUUAAACAUAAAGGAUGGCAGCGGAUGAUUUUUAAUGAAACGAUCCAUCAAAAACAAUAACACAGACGGCAAACUUCCGGUUCCGGGUGAAAGUGCGGGUUAUUUUAUCAGUCAUUGUUUGUUAAUCUGCAUUUUUAGCAGAGUACACAUUUUUAUAUCAAAAUAGUGUUUGAUAUUUGUGAAUUGAAUAUCUAUUUUUGUUUGCUGAAGUGAAUAAAUGUGGAAAAACAAAUGGCAAAAAAUAGUCUUUUGCCAUUUCCAACCCACACAUGUUACAUAUGGACAAGAUUACAUUAUGGCAGUAAUAAAUGAGUGACCACACUAAUAUGUUUGACCCCCUUUCUCCUUCAGAACUGCCUUAAUUCUACGUGGCAUUGAUUUAACAUAGCGCUG